UCCCAUGAAACAAGAAGCACACUGUCCUCAGUCACUUACAAUUUGCGUAAGACAAACUCCAUUUCUGUCCUCUCCCUCUCUUUCUUCAUCGAUCCCUUCUCUGUACUUCGACAACGCAAACUCUCCCUACUCUGUCUCUCUAUUCAUGGCCAAACCCUCUCUUUGAUAAAAUCAAAAUAUCCUAGAAAUAAUGGACUCCCAGCACCGCAACAACAUCUCUAGUACAACAACUGCAGCACCUACAGCUACAACAAGUGAGCUCCUCAUUUGUUUUAAUUCACACCUUUCCUCUUCUUCCUCCAUGAAAAUCACUUCUAAAUCAAUCUUGAGUCCUGGUCGCGCUAGAGAUUCUUCACAAAUCUCCCUGUCUACAUCUCUCAGUCGGAGAUUGAGAAACAGUGCGAGUAUCAAAGGCGGUCAAGCUUCACCCAUGUUCCCCGCUUCCAAUGGCAAGAAGCGUGGCUGUUCUUUUGAGAACGCUGAACCUUCGUCUCCGAAAGUCACUUGCAUCGGUCAGGUGAGAGUCAAAACCAAGAAACAAGGCAAGAAAAUAAGAGCUAGAUCCAAGAGUUUGAGAGAAGUCAGUUUUAGAAAACCAGACCAAACGGCUUCCAUUAAUAUUGAUGGAGGUCAUUUUCAAGAUCUUGGUUGUGAUCAUGGAGAAAUGAGCCACUCCCACGCUUUUCACCAGCAAGAAUGCUUGCCUCAUAGGAACCAAAAAUGGGUUCAUUUGCCUACGACGAUAUGCGAGGCGUUGAGGACAUUUGGGGCUGAAUUUAACUGCUUUUUACCGUGCAGAUCUUCAUGCUUGGCGAGAGAGAAGGUUGAGAGACAGAGAAGUGAUAAUGUAGUUGGGAGUACUAGCUCUUGUGGGGCGGUAUUUGCUCGGUGGCUUGUGGCGGAGAAGAUAGAGUUGGUGGUUGGAGAGGAAGAAGAAGAUCAUCAUCAUCAUCAUCAUAGGCAUCAGGAAGAUGAUGAAGAAGACGAAGAGCAUGAUACGCCGCGGAGAAGUCGAAGAAGGCAUGUGUUUGAAGAUAUUGUGAUAGAAGACGAGAAGUUUGAGGAUAAAAAUGAGAUCUUGGAGACUGUACCGCCAAAGAAUGCUUUGUUGUUGAUGAGGUGUAGAUCAGAUCCUAUUAAAGUGGCGGCUCUUGCUAAUCGGUUUUGGGAGUGCCCACCUCAAGAUGAAGCUGAAGAUGAAGAAAAUGAAGGCGUCAAAGAGAGUCGCCAAGAUGAUGAUAAAAAUUCUAGAAUAAAAGUGGAGGAAGAAGCAACGUUGCAAAGAAAGGAAGUUAUUGAAGAGGAUCAAAUGAUACAAAAUCAAAUCCCGGAUGCAAAAAUAGUGAAAGAAGCUGACUUGGUUUUGGAUACAGAAGAAAAGGAACAACAGAGCCGAGAAAUUUGUCAAGUUGAAGGAGAUUUACAGUGGCAAGAACAAGAAGAAGAGAAACAAGUAUCCAACCAGCCAGUAAUAUCCGAAGAAGAUGAGCAAAGUGUUGAAAUUUCAGAUCCAGAGAAUGAAGAAAAAGAAAAUGAUUGUGUUCUUGAAGAAUAUGAAGCCGAACCAGCUCUAGAAGAUGAAGUAAAAGAGGAAGUUUUUGAUGCCAUUGAAGAAUCAAGAUCCCGUCUUUCUUGUUCCUCUGUGGCGUCACAGCACACACAACAAGAACAAGAAGUAGGUGAAGAGUUGGAAGAGAAAGAGCCAUUAGAGAAGAUCCUGCCAGAAGAAACAGUGGAACCCGAAGACCCGAAAAUGACCCAAAGACCAGAAGCGGGUCAAGAGUCAAAGGAGAAAGAAGGUCAAAAGCCGCAACAGAAUUUGUUGCCAGAUUGUUUGCUGUUGAUGAUGUGUGAACCGAAGCUAUCCAUGGAGGUAUCCAAGGAGACUUGGGUCUGCGGUACGGACUUCAUCAGAUGGGAAAGAAAACCGCCGAUUCAGAAAGUCAACAAAACCGACGGCUGUGAUGAGACCAAGAGAAGAAUCAGCAUCGACUCUAAACCUCCACAGCUGCAUCACAACAACCAACCGUUAAUGCAGCCGCCCAGGUCUUCCUGCUCUUUCCCGGCGGCUCCUCCCUUGCCCCCGAUCCACGGUGCGGCGUCAAUAAAUUCUCAGAUAGAGAAGAAGCUGGGGGAAGCCAAGCAGCCUUACGAGCCGUUUGUUCUUACACGCUGCAAGUCGGAGCCGUUGAGGUCGUCGGCUAAGUUUGCUCCUGAGAAUUGCUUUUGGAAGAAUAGAGAGCUCGAGCCGCAUGCGCCAGGCGCAGUCGGAGUCGGUGCGGGUGGAAUCGGGUUUUAAGCCGGGUUAAUAAAUGAAAAAGUGUCAAAAAUUACGGGUAAGUUUGUAUCGUAAUGGGUAAUUGUUAGGGCUUGGUUGUUUGUAAAUCUUUUGAUCUCUUCUUUUACUCUUUAAUUUUAGAUUUUAUUUCAAGUUUUGUGAGAAAUUAUUAGAAAUUUGAUAAUAUAAUUUGGGAAGAAUAGAAAGGUUAGGGUUGAUACAUCGAAUUAUUAAAGGGGUUCUAAUUUGGAGUUGAAUAA